ACGACAUUAUCGAGUCUUAAGGCGCAAUGAAUUAAAACUGGACUUGCGGCUUUUCGCUGAACUUUUUUUCUUCACAACGAACCAGAACGGCUGCUCUCUGGAGGGAGGAAGUACACUAGCCAGCAAAGUAGACUGGCCUCCGUCUAAUAGGAUGCGGGUGUUGCUUUAUGUGAACUUAGUUAAAGAAGAGUAAUCGCUAUGUCUGACGACUGAUUUCAGUCUCGUUUAUAAGGUAGCUAUUGUUUGCAGCUAGGUUUAAAAGUAUAUUCUCGGUAAACCGCACCGGGUGGCAAACGACAAUUAGUAACUUAUUGAACAAGCUAGCUAGCGAUUAGCCGCACAACAAACUGGCCUUAGUUGAUUGGGGAACUUGGUUUACGAAUCGCAGACAAGGCGAACUGCUCUGUAACGACAAAGCUUUGUUUUCAGUCUCGUAAGAGCAGUGAAAUUGAACACGAGACGGGAAUGAACGCAUAGGAUUCUACAAUUUCUACAGAGUAACUUGAUGAGGUGCUAGAUGGUGUAUGUGAAGGCCAUGAGGCAUGCUGAGCCUGUCCUCCCAGUGCCAGAAUGAGUGUCAUGGAUGACAAUGAGGCAGCUUGCCAAGAUGGAAGAUCCUACGUUCUCCAGGUCUACCCUCGGAUCCCAGAGGAGACGGACUCUUGCUGCACCCUCAAGGUCACCAAGGAUGCCACAGCAUCCACAGUCAUACAGGACGUGUCCGCCAACCUGGGCUUGGACGCGUCGAAGAGCUACGUCUUGGCCGAGGUGAAGGAGUGUGGUGGAGAGGAAUGGGUGCUUGAGGCCACCGACCUUCCUGUUCACCGGGUUUUGCUCUGGCCCCGCAAGGCUCAGGAUCAGCAUCUCCAAAGCGAGGGCUUCUACUUCCUGCUGCAGGAGCGGAACCGCGAUGGCACUGUCCGCUAUGUGCACCUCCCGGCCCUCUCUAGGGAGCGGGAGGCCCAGCGCCUGGUGGCCCGAGGCUUCCUGCCCCCUCCUCACAAGGACUUUGAUGACCUCUGCAACCUUCCUGUCCUGAACGAGGACACCAUCUUGGAAAACUUGCGCAACCGUUUCCACAAGAAAAAGAUCUACACCUAUGCUGGAAGCAUCCUCAUUGCAAUCAACCCCUUUAAGUUCCUGCCCAUCUACAACCCCAAGUAUGUUAAGAUGUAUGAGAACCAUCAGCUGGGGAAGCUAGAGCCCCACAUCUUUGCCAUUGCCGACGUGACCUACUAUGCCAUGUUGCGCAAGCGCAUGAACCAAUGCAUCGUCAUCUCUGGAGAGAGUGGUUCUGGGAAAACCCAGAGCACUAAUUUCCUCAUCCACUGUCUGACGGCGUUGAGUCAAAAAGGCUAUGCUAGUGGUGUGGAGAGAACCAUCCUUGGGGCAGGACCUGUGCUGGAGGCCUUUGGCAAUGCAAAGACGGCCCACAACAACAACUCCAGUCGCUUUGGGAAGUUCAUCCAAGUCAACUAUCUGGAGAAUGGCGUGGUCCGUGGGGCUGUGGUGGAGAAGUAUCUGCUGGAGAAGUCCCGCUUGGUCUCCAGAGAGAAAAAUGAGAGGAACUACCACGUAUUUUACUACCUGCUGGUGGGAGCCUCCGAAGAGGAACGCAAGGAGUUCAAGCUGCUACGGCCUGAAGACUACCUCUACCUCAAGCAGCAAAACUCUAUGAUCGAAGAUGAAGAAGACCUUCGGCAUGACUUUGAGCGGUUGCAACAGGCUAUGGAGAUGGUGGGCUUCCUGCCCGCCACCAAAAAACAAAUAUUCACAGUACUGUCGGCCAUUUUGUAUCUGGGCAAUGUGACGUACCGGCGCAAGUCAACCGGCCGAGAUGAGGGGCUGGACGUGGGUCCUCCUGAGGUCCUCAGCACCCUGUCCGACCUGCUGAAGGUUAAAGAAGAGCUGCUCGUAGAGGCGCUCACGAAAAGGAAAACCGUGACAGUCAAUGACAAGCUAAUCCUACCUUACAGCCAAAGCGAGGCCAUCACAGCACGGGACUCCAUGGCCAAAUCUCUGUACAGUGCCUUGUUCGACUGGAUCGUUCUGCGCAUUAAUCAUGCGCUGCUUAACAAGAAAGACAUGGAGGAAUCUGUGCCGUGCUUGUCUAUUGGCGUGCUGGAUAUUUUUGGUUUCGAGGACUUCCCGAACAAUAGCUUUGAGCAGUUUUGCAUCAAUUAUGCCAACGAGCAGCUUCAGUAUUACUUCAACCAGCACAUCUUUAAACUUGAGCAGGAAGAGUACCAGACAGAGGGCAUCACCUGGCACAACAUUGACUACACGGACAAUGUGGGAUGCAUUCACCUGAUCAGCAGGAAGCCCACUGGACUCCUCCAAUUAUUGGAUGAGGAGAGCAACUUUCCUCAUGCCACUGAUAAAACACUGCUGGCUAAGUUUAAGCAGCAGCAUCACAGCAACAAGUACUUUGUUGCCACGCCGGUGAUGGAGCCGGCAUUCGUCAUAUGGCAUUUUGCUGGGAACGUCAAGUACCAGAUCAAGGACUUUAGGGAGAAGAACACGGACCACAUGCGGCCUGAUAUUGUGGCACUGCUGCGCAGCAGUGACCGGGCGUACGUGCGUCAGCUAAUUGGGAUGGAUCCUAUUGCCAUGUUCCGCUGGGGCAUCCUCCGUGCCACCGUCCGUGGCAUUGCGGCCUUCAAUGAGGCGGGCAGACGCUGGGCAGCUAAGACAGCGGGUGUGGCCAGACCCACUUCUAGGACACCCCUUGGAGAAUUACAGCGGUCCAACACACCUAUUGAAAGGAUGUACCGCCGUACCUCUAUGCUCGAUUUCUCCUUUGAUCAUUCAGAGGAGCGCCCCCUAGAUGCCUUUGAGGACAUCUUUGCUAGCUUUGAGAGUAAAAAGGACAUGCAUGCCCAAAUCAUCAGCUCCAUUAAAGAUUUGCAGUUGGACGGUGAGGACCCUCGCAAGCUACUGCAGUCCUGGGGGCGUCUGCGGUUCCCACGCCACGUCCUUCAGAAAAAUAAGAACGCCAAGCAGAAGCAGCUCAUUCCUAAGGUACUCCUUGACUCGCGUUCCCUUAAAUUCAUCGUGAGACUCACACUGCACGAUCGAACCACCAAGUCCUCGCUGCACCUGCACAAGAAGAAGAAGCCACCCAGCAUCAGCGCUCAGUUCCAGACCUCCCUGAGCAAGCUGCUGGAGACGCUGGGAAGGGCUGAACCAUUCUUCAUUCGCUGCCUCAGGUCUAAUGCCGAAAAGAGGGAGAUGUGCUUUGAUGAGUCCCUGAUCCUGCAGCAGCUGCGGUACACAGGCAUGCUGGAAACAGUCCGCAUCCGGAGGUCUGGGUAUGGUGCCAAGUAUACUUUUCAGGAUUUCUUGGAGCAGUUUCGAGUGUUGCUGCCCAGGAAUGCUGCUUCAUGCCAAGAGGACAUCUCAGCUCUCCUUCAAAAGAUGGGACUCGACAACACUACCUAUCAGAUUGGCAAAACCAAGGUCUAUCUCAAGGAGCUUGAGCGUCAAAAGCUGCAGGACACGCUACACAAGGACGUCAUGCGCAAGAUCAUCUUCCUGCAGCGCUGGUUCCGCGCCAAACUGGAGCAGCGGCACUUUGAGAGCAUGAGGCAGUCAGCCAUCCUCCUUCAGGGAUGCUGGCGGCGUUAUUAUAGGAAUCGGCGCUAUCGGGCCGCCACUGUACUGCAGGCCCACUGGAGGGGCUGCAGGCAGCGGACAGAGUAUCUACGUCAACGUUCCGUCAUCCAGAAGAUGCAGGCGUUGGUGAGGGGCAGCUCUGCACGCCGGAGAUGCCAAUCCAUCAAGGAAGAGAAAAGAAACAGAGAAGAGGAGGAGGAGGAGGAGGAGGAGGAAGAAGCAAGGAUAAUUGAAGAGGAGGAAGCUAAGAAAAGGGAGGAAGAGGAGGAGGCAAAGAGAAGAGAAGAUGAGACGAGAUUAGCAGCAGAGGCUGAAGCAAAGAGAGCGAUGGAAGAGGAAGAAGAGGCGGCUAGGAGGCUGAAAGAGAAGGAAGAGUCUGCCAAGCAAGCGUUGGAAUCGGAGCAGCAGGCUGCCCCACUGUGUCCUCAGGCAGUAGUACCAGAAGACUCUCAGGAGGCCGAGAGUAGGAAGGAAACGCCUAAAAGCACCAGCCAGCCAGAACCAGUGGUACAAACAGCAAGAGCAGAGGAGUGUCAGGACGUCCAGGCCCAGGAGGAGGGCAGGUCCCCCGUCCAGGAAUCCUCAGGGUCUGGGGAGAAGAAAGCCCUGGAUGUCCCCCAUCCACAUGCUGAAAACGGUACACAGGCUGAGGCUGGGCCUGAACCUGAGUUACUUGAAAGCGCACAGCCCCAGGACAACGAAGCUGCUCCAGCUUCGCCAAAAGAGAAGGAGGUCCAUGACACGGCACUCAUCCCAGAGAAGGAGCAGGAGUCUCUGACGCAUGUGGUUCCUGCCGCUUCAGAUGCCACUGGUGCUGCCCCAGAGAAAGGGGUCCGAGCUGCUCCCCAGCAGCAGGGGAAAGCCCAGGUGUCACGGAGCCAGGAGAAGAGGGAGAUGAGGCGCCAACGAGGCCUAGAGCAUAGCCAGAGGGAGCUACAGAGGGCUGCCUCGGCCUGCAAGGAUGACGCGCCCCCCAGGCUCAAAAGCCAGGAGCCCCCUAGCAGUACCAGUACCAGCGAGACUGCUGAGGCCAAGCCCAAGGAGCAUUCUGACAACAAAGGGCUGGACCAGUACACCUUUGUGGCUUGGAAGGACAAAGGGAAGGCUAAGGAGAGUAAGAGCUCAUCUCCCGUACUGGUGCGACCCACCACUCUGCCCUUGGAUAUCCCUGGCCCUAAGAUGGAGAGAAAUGGGCACAGCGAGGCCUCCAGUCCCCUGCCAAUGGGAACAGGGAGCCUGCCAGGUCAUGGCAAGCCGAGUGACCAUGACCGGUCGGAGAGGAGGAAGGGCAAGAGGGGAGGGGAACCAUCAGAGAACAUUUCCCAUGAAGCACAGAUCCCGAAGAGCAGGAAGAUAAACUCCCUGCGGGCUCAGGAUAGGGAUAUCUCAUUAUCUCUUGAUGACGUGUCCAGUUAUGUCCCCCCUACUGCAGAUGGUCCUGGAAACAAAAAGGGCAGGGUGCGUUUCCGCAAGCACCGCAAACGCCGAGGCUUAGGCUUUGCACGUAGCUGCUUGGCAGGUAAAAGUGCAGAAAUGGAAGAUGUGGAGUACUGGACUUUCCCUUUGCCCCCCACGAGUCCUGUCCAGACCACAAGUCCAAACAUACAGCAGGUUCAGGGUCAGGCCAGCACAGAGUCCAUAGCGGAUGGGGCUAAAGCCAGCUCACUCAGCAGGAGGUCCCCGGAGGGUCCGGGCCCGCAGGACACUACUCCCCUCCAGCCCUCCACUCCAGAGAGGUCUGGGUUCCUGAGAAAGAUCCUGAAGAAGCGUGAAAAAGUCCAAACACCUGAGGAUGGGGACUUCACUAUGACCCAGGCUCUGGCUGAACGGUCUGCAGAAGUUGCCCACCCACCUCAUUCCUCCCGCUCCCACCACGGUGAGGCGCCAGGCGGACGAUUAGGCCGCAAUCCCACCAUCAAGAUCAGCCGCGCCACGCGGGUAUCUGAACAGUGGAAUGCCUCGCUGGACCGCGAGAUCACCAACACCAACGAGCUGCGCCACUUGGACGAGUUCCUUGGCAAUCAGGUGAAUGACCUCCGCUCCAGAGGCAAGCAGCUGUCGGCCACGGAGGACAUCUUCAUCACGGCAACACGGGAGUUCCGAGAGACCAUCAAGGGCAUGUACUCCCUGCCUAAGCCCCACAUUGGCUACAAGACCCUGAUGAAGAACUACCAGAUGAAGGUUGUGGCCCUUGCGGGAGAGAAGCAGAAGGCUGAGGUGCAGCUGGUGGUCAACCUCUUCCAGUCAGUCCUAGACGGUUUCAUACGAGGAGAGAUUAAGAAGGAGGAAGCAGAGCCAGCCAAGCCCACUAAAACCCGGAAAAAGAGACGGAAAAAGGAUAAAAGUAUGGAGAGCCCACUGGACCACAUGUUCACCACCUACCAGGUGAACAUCGUGCAGUCUUGUGACCAAUGCACCUCCUAUAUAUGGGGCAUGGAGAAAGCCUGCAUGUGUAGCUUCUGCAAAAUGGUGUGCCACAAGAAGUGCCUAAACAAAAUUACCUCUGACUGCUCCUCCUUCUGUGCCAAGAAGAAUGAAGACGAUUCGGGGAUGCGCAACUUUGGGGUGCGUGUGUGCCGCCUAGUGAGUGACAAGGCCCCGGUCCCCUUUGUUCUGGAGAUCAUGCUGGAGCACGUGGAGAUGAAUGGCCUGUACACCGAGGGCAUCUACAGGAAGUCCGGCUCCGCCAACCGCAUGAAGGAGCUCCAUCAGAAGAUGGAGGCAGACCCCACCAGUGUGUGCCUCGAGGCCUACUCCAUCCACAUCGUCACUGGCCUGAUCAAGCAAUGGCUGAGAGAGCUCCCUGACCCCAUCAUGACCUUCAACCAUUACAGUGAUUUCCUUCGAGCUGUGGAACUCCCUGAAAAGCAGGAACAAGUUCAAGCCAUUUACAGAAUCCUGGAUCAGCUUCCCUCUUCCCACUUCAACACGCUGGAGAGAGUCAUCUUCCAUCUCGUCAGAGUGUCGAAAGGGGAGACGCAUAACCGCAUGAACCCUAACUCUCUCGCCAUCGUCUUCGCCCCGUGCAUCCUGCGCUGUCCAGACAGCGCCGAUCCGCUGAUGAGCAUGAAGGAUGUCGCCAAGACAACCAUGUGUGUGGAGAUGCUGAUCAAUGAGCAGAUCAGGCGAUACAAUGAGAAGAUGGAGGAGAUCGAGCAGCUGGAGUACGCCGAGAACCUGGCCGUCAAUCAGCUCAAGCUGAAGAGAAACAACACGACCUGGCGGUUACCACUCAGGUACACCUCUCCAGUGGUGAGAGGCUCGGUGAGGGAGAGGGCGUCUUCAUCAGACCUGUGCGUGGUGCCCGAGAACGAGCCCAUCGACUCGGACACGGAGGCGGAGAGAAACCUGAUGGAGAGGAUCAAGUCCAUCAAGCAGGAGAAAGAGGAGCUGGCCUGCAGGCUGCCUGAGCUGGAGCAGCCCGGCUCGGACCAGGAGAACCUGGACUCGGAGGCGUCACUGAGCUCCGAGAGCCUGCUGGAUAUCCGCGUUGCCACCCCCACUCUCAGAACCGGCCCCCCAACCACCACCACCAGCACCACCACCACCGCUGCUGAGACGGAAGGCAGGACGCCGACAGCAGUGCGCAGGCCUCGUCCCUUGUGUCCCCCCAAACCCACAGACCUGCCCGAGCGGCCCCAAUCCUUCUGCGGUGCUGCCGCGGCUGAAAGCUCCUCCUGGCUGAACGCCGUGCGCCAGCAGAUCCAGCGCCGCCACCCCGUCAUCCCCGGCACUGUGCGGCUGCCCCCGGGCGUCUCCCGCUCCUCCACCGCCGGCGCCGCGUCGACCCCGGCCUCGCGCCAGGCCCACUUCCUCACCGUGGUGCAGCGUCGCGAGCACCCGGGCCGCCGCAAGGACAGCAUCCAGUCGCUCUACAUCGCCCCCGGCACAACACCCCCCUCCCCGUUGUUGCCAGCCCUCCUCCCCUCCCCGACCUCCACCAAGGUCAACAGGCGGUUCUCUGACCCAGACAUCCCCUACAUAGACGACUAUUCCCCAGCAGGAGAGGCUGAGAGAGGAGGCAGCUAAAGAGCAGACAGCUGUCUGGACUGCACUCACAUGUCCUCUCCAGGUGCAAAGCCCAUGUAGAACGCUCUUAGACUGGCUCAACCCGCUGCCGUCUCAAACCUGGAGUGGGGCCUUGAUACCCCAGCUGCCGCCAGCUACACAGUCAAUGAGAAGCAGAGGAACGCUAUACCAUCAUGUGUGUUUUUUUUAUUAUUUUAUUUUGUUUUGUUUUAUUUUUGUUAACGUUCUCACCAAGCACUUUUUAAUACUGUUAAUAUAUUGUUUUUAAAGACCAUUAAUGCUGUGCUUCAGGCACAUAGACUGUUCUUGAAGCCUUGAUUUUUGUUAUUAGUAGUAGAGGUAGUAUCAUAAUGUCAAAUGUCAGGAUAUUGCACCUUUUCAUUCCCUGGUAUGAUCUCGUCAUGGUAGAACCAAACCAACUCUCUGGACAUUUUAAUCAGUUGUGCCUUCAUCUUGUGUCUUUGUACAAGUCUAUACAUUCUUUCAUCUCCAGCAUUGAUUAAUAAUUGGAUGCAUCUUUUAUGGUUAUAAUUUUAUUUGGGGGUGGGGGGGGGGUAUAUUUACAAACUCUAGACAUGUCCAAAACAGGACCAAACCCUUGCUAUGUUGGUGGGAUGGGGUGGGGGUAGGCUUAAAUGGACUGCCGUGUUCUUGCCCCCUCCUCUCUUGCUUGUCCACCUUGGGAUAUUCAUCACACUGCUUUCUGCUAACAAAGGGAACAUGGGAGCAGCACAAGCCACUUUCUCUCCGAUGAUUAACAAAACAGCCCCCCCCCCCCCCCCCAAGGGUCUCCUAUUUUUAAUCAACUUUCUCCUAGUUCCAUCAUCGCGUUGCUCUUGUUAACAUUUCCACGUCUCCAUGGCUUCAGUGGACUGAUGGACACUCUUGAGUGAAACGGGGUGUUUAUAUUGAACGUGGACAUAUUGAAGGAUAAACCCUUCUGGUUGAAAGCCAUGGUGUUUUAAAAUACUAAUGUCAUUAAAACUGCUGAUGGACAGAGGGUUGUGCUGUACUGAAUGAAUGCUGUUCUAGUCUUGAGUAGAUGUGUGUUGAUCGUGGAUUAUACAGAAAGUGUUGGUGUGGAUCGUUCAUUUUGUUCAUCAGUGAUGCCUUUUUGCGUUUUAAGACUGUGGAGAAAUGAUUAACUCCUUUUUAUUUUCUUACAAUACAAAUUGUACUGGCUGCAGGGUUGAAUGUCAAGUGUUUAUGUACAUAUUUAUUGUCAUCAUACCUCUCCCAGUUGCUCUGCAAAGCCAUGAAGCUUAUGCGCCCUUUGGAGAAUAUUGUCCUAACACAAUACAUUUUGAGAACAUUUCCACCACCUAGUGUCCUCUAUGUGCAUUACAUGUUAAUGAGGCCACAGAGAUGAGACUGAGAGGACAAAAACAUGAGAGAUCAUAACCAUGACAUGGCAUUAUGGUGAAAAUCCAACCAAUCAAGAUCUCAGAAAAGAUGUGUAUGAGGAGUCGGCUCAAUGAGGGGUGGAGAGGGGUCUUUUAUGAAAAGUUUCUAUGUGAAUUUGUAUGCAUGUUUAAUAGAAUACUUUUAAGUACAACACAAAUAUGAUUGAACCUUUUUUCCCUCUAAACCUGGUCUUUCUAUACAAAAAAACUUUUGGUUUAGAAGAUUUCUUAAAAGCAGUUGUCAGGAUGAGGAAUAUGCCCAUAAUUUCUGGUACACACAUGUAAAUGCAUCAUGUCUGGAUAAACCAUUUUGAUUUUGAAGAUUUCUAUUUCUUACUUUAAGUUCUGUUCCCAAUAUUCCAAUUUUGUUCCCCUAACUUGGCAACUUUUGUUUUGUUGACAGUGUGUACUUAUGGUAAAAUGCAACUCUUUCACAUUCAGGGUCUGUUGGUAGUUUUAAGAAUAGUAUACUGGGUUCAAAAGAGCUAAGUACUCUUACAUUCAAUCAUAUGCACUUGGUACCUGCAUCCAAAUGUGCAGAGGAUGUCUUCUCGGAAGACCGGGUGAGAUCGAUCAUUAUGAGCAUGAGUUCAUGACACUUUUUGUUUUCGUCCUGGCUAUCUGGAGCUUGCGUGUGGAAACCAGUUCCUGCUAUUAGUAUUAUCUGCUCUUCUGGCAAGCUGAUCCACUUGGGACCUUUUUCUAAAUGCCCAAACGGGACAUAAGGAGAUUACACGACGAAUCUAACCUUUUGCGUACAUGUUUUGGUGCUCUGUAUUUAGAAUUCCCGACAUCACAUUUGCUGUCCAAAUGUGACAUUUAAUGUCUGGGAAAAAUUACUCUCCAGCGAUGUACUUCAGUCUUAGAUUUUCCUACAAAAUAUUUUAAAAAGCCUAAGAGGAGAAAUGCAGGACUUGGAUUAUACAGUGUUACAAAAUUGAGACAUUUUGAGGGUCAACAUGCCUAAUCUGUGUCAAAGCUGUGAUCAAUGACAUUUUAAUGAACGUAACUGGCAGUCUGUUGCUCCUGCAGUUCAGCUGCCAAACUACACACAUUAACUUGGGCUAACACACAUUUCUUUCUACUAAAUGCACAAACAACAGGGCAUUAGAAGAUUGCACAAUGGAACCAAGUGCUGCACACAGAAAUUGUACACGUACGUUUUCCGGCUUUGAUUGUUCUAGGUACAAUUUCUCGUGUCACAUUACAGUUGAAGUGUGAAAUGUACAAAGUCUGAUAACUAUAAGUGGACCUCCAGCUCUUUCGUGUGAAGUUGAAUAGGCCGAAGAAUUAUUUCUGUGAUAAAUUGUCUCUACAUUG